AUGCUUAAAACCCCCAUCCACUGCUCUUCUACACCUCCAUAUACCCCUACUUCUCACCUGCACCCACUCAAAACCCUUCCAAAACUUCCAGCCUGCUCCAUGACCUAUCUAGCUCUAAUUUCCCUUCUAUUCCUGCUCAAAGGGACACUGCAGGCUGGAUGAGAUUUGAAAGGAGAGAAAUAAAGCGUGUGAAAGGGAUAUGAUAAGUUUGAGUGCAAGCGAUCAAUUUGAAGUUAGUGAUAUACAGAAGAUUAAUUCGAAUUUUUAUAUCAUGAUGAAAAACAGUGAUAAGGACGCGACUUUGUUCUGAAAAUACAAUGGAAGCGAUACUGAAUUCUGUUGGAAUGAACAAGAUUCAGGUGAAGCAAUGGUUGUCAUGUCUGAUGAACAAAGAGUUGUUUUCUCUGCUGAUGGGUUACAAUCAAAUCCUUUUGGGAUCGCUUUUCAGAUUUAUUCAUUAGAUGGAGCAGGAAAUAUAAAUAGAGCUAUCUAUCAUAAGCAUACCUCUGCAGAUUUAAUUGAAGAGAGUGUUCCUUACAUGGAAGAAAUCAAUAGUACCCACAUCAUAUCCUACUCCAACACCAAAACCUCCAACCCUUAUCUACUAAUCCUGGAUAUCACCACCGGCUACACACUCAGAUACGAGUGGGAUGCCCAACACACCUUCGCACAAGUAGCUUACAGCAAGACUUUGAGCACUACAGUGGUUAUGUACCAGUUGAGGGAUACCAAGGGGGUCUAUUUUAGAGGGUUUGAUUGGCAGAGUCAUGCUUUGUUUUAGUGAAAUUGGGAUAAGCUGUCCGAAUGCUGGAGGAACAGGGUGUUCGUACGGAUUAAAUUCUGCUAAAACAAUGAACGAUGAGCAAACUAUGACGUAUUUCUUGUUCUAUUAUGAACCAUAUGGAAUGCUCUUUAUGUCUUUUGACAUAUCUUCUACUGGGUCUUCAACUACUUUUGCUCCAUCAGUAGACGCUGAGGAUAAUUAUCACCUGAGUUAUCAUGACAAACUAGUUUACUUGAUGUUUCAGGCAAAAGAUGGAAAGUUUAUUCUGUCCAGAUUCAACACUUCCACAGAAGAAUUCUCUAAUGAAGUUUAUCAAACCUCUAUCUACUAUAAGAAGUCAUUUAUUGUUCAAAUUAUGGUAGAAGAGACUACUGUUUAUAAACAAUUUGCUAUUGGGAGUUCGGGAAGAAAUAUAGCCGUUGCAUACUGAGAUAUAGAUAUAUUCAAGAAUCAUGGCGACUUCCAAGAUUCGAAAGUAACAAUCGCAAAGUCUGAACCCAAAAUCCUGACCCAAGGCUCCUCCUCGGUCUCUACUUCUUCGCCUUCCACCACCCCAGCUUCCUACUUCUCACAGAUUCUUACUCCAAGCCCUAUGGUAAAGGUACAGACUGAGAAGAACCCACAGAGCGAUGAUCAUUAUUUUUAUGGACCGGUGCUUUUUGAAAAUGAGCCAAAACUUACAAUUUCGAAGGUACUUAAUCAAACAACAGAUUUCUGUAUCAACUAUCCUCAAACAAACGAUACUGAGUUCUCUUAUAAAUUCGAUUAUGGCUCAAAGGAAACUUCCGACGCUCUCAAACUAGACUACGAUGAAUCAACCAAAUCCCUUUCAGUUUACAUGCAAGAAGUGACUCUUCUUAAGAAAACUCACAAUAUCACUAUCUACUCUAUACCGGAUAAUGCUAAUGGGAAUUAUACACAGACAGUGGAGAUUACGGAGGAGAUUGAUUCAGAAGAUAGGAAGGUUUAUGAAGCUAUUCAAGGGAGUGUGGCUGUAGUCGGAGCUAUAGCAUCAGUUCUUGGUGGUAUUCUGGGAGGAACUCUCAUACAAGCUUUGUGGAUGGUGUUCAAUCAGCAGAAGAUUUUGUUGUUUUUUGUUAUGAUUGAUACUUAUAUGCAUGUUUUUGUGAGAUUAAUUAUAAGCAAGCAGAAUUUUGGACUGCUUGAUUUUGGCUUUCUUAGUGAACUUCUGCCAGAUUCCAUAGAUUCUCCAAGUUUCAUCCAAAACUUUGAUCAAAAACAAAGAAAAGACAUAAUGGUGGAGAUUGGAUUCGAAAAAGAAAGCUUCUUAAACACAUAUUGGAUAUACAUUCAAAUAGUGCUUGCUUUCAUCUUCUUCCACCUCCUCUCCCUCCUACUCCUUAAAUUAUUCCCAAAAAUCUUCAUCAACAACCCUCCCAACCCACCCAUCCCCCACCAAGACAGCACAGUCCAAAACCCAAGCUCCCACAAAACACCCCUAUUCACAAAACCCCACCAAAAAUCCCAAAACUCAACCACCGCAAACCCAAACCAAAUCCACCUCACUCUCUUCGAAGAAACCAAAACCCCUGCCAAAUCCACCCUCAGUCACCCCACCAACCGCCAAACCUCCCAAUCCCACCCAAAAACCACCCACUACACCCAAAGAUCUCCCCAAAACCCCCCUUUUUCACGCAAGAAGAAAAUCAGCCGAAGAGACAGUACAAGGAACAGGGAUUAUGAGAAUAGGAAGGAAUUUGAAGAAGACAAGGAAGAGAGUGGGGAGAGUGAAGAAGAAGGGGAUUCUAGGUGAAGGAGGGUUUGCUAUUGGAUUGGAGGGAAGAUGAAGUCGAAUAAUUUUUGGAGUGUGUAUGUGAGGUUGGUACUGGAGUCGUUUUUGGGGAUUAUGUUGAUUACUACUAAUGAAAUUAAGACGAAUAAGUUGGUAGAGACGAGUCAUAUUGUAUCUUAUGUUAUUUCUUGGAUUGCUGCUAUACUAUAUGCAGCUUUUUAUGUGUUUGUAUGAGUUAUUGGGGUAUAUGAAGUACGAAGAAGAAUUAAGAUCAGGUAUCUAUAUCAAGAGCUCGAUGAAGACAGUCAACAAAAAGAAUUAUGAAAAGGUUAUGAAAACAAGUUCUAUGCAGAGCUGUUUAAAGAUCUUUCAAAUAAGCCAUAUGCUGCUCUCCAUCAGGCAUUUAAUCUAACUAGAACUGUGUUCAUAAUAGUUGUGGUAUAUAUUGAUGUGUUUGAUAAAUCAACAGUGUGGGUUUUGUAUUUCAUCAUGAUGGUUCUGCAAUUUUUGUAUAUUUAUCAAGCAAUUGUGAUACCAAAAUUCGAAGAUUUUAUACUUAGAAUAAUUUAUCUUUUGAAUGAAUAUUUCUUGUUGUUAUUUAUAAUCACAUUUGGCUUGUUAAAAUCAAGCGAAGACUGGAAAUAUGAUAUAACAAUGAACAUCGUGAUUACAAUGAUAUUCGUAAACAGCAUAAUAGUCAUUGGGUUUCAAAUAUUGGGAAACAUUCUUCAAGGCAAACAAAGUUGACAAUGGGUCAAGAAGUUAAAUUGUUGUAAAUCUACCCCACCUCCUAUUCCAUCAGAGCAAGACAUACCUGUCGAGAUCCCACUAGAAAUGGCUAAUUCAUACCAAUCCUCUUCUCUAUCCCCCAGAAACUCCCCUCCAACCCCCCUAGCAAAACGAGAAGAGAACCUCUCAAACCUCCACAUCAUCAAAAAACAAACUCUAAACUUCAAAGGUGGUCUAUAA